AUGAAGGAGGAAACGGUCAAUUUAGCCGAUGAAAUCAGACAGAAGCCCGAAUUCGGCCCAGUCAGGGUUUGUUCCGCUGGAAAUAGCCAACGCUUGUUUUAUUGUUUAGGAGUGCAUUCGUCACGCAAUACGAUCAAUUUUAGUAAAAGGAAAGCCGAAAAUCAAAGAACCACUAUCGCCAAAAGGUUCUUCCACAUCCAUCUAGGUUUUGACAGACAAUUCAGACCAAGCACUUCAUUCACUGGUUGCUCUGUGGCUUGAGCAGAACGGCUACAAACUCGCGCAUGUUGUCAUGAAAAGCGAAAUGCAAGAGGUCAGAUCUUCAAUAAAAAAUUAAAAUUGAAACUUUCGCUCACAGGACUACGCGAACGAAGAAUAUUUACGGGUUGCUUUGGCUAGUAGAGACGCCGAAAAGCGACCGGUGGAUUCUCUUUUCGAUGGAGUGGAAUUUCAACAUGGAAUCGCAAAACCGACGACGCCAGCACAGAUCUCGCGGCCAUUCGACGCGGUGCUCAACCGGAUCAACGAUCUGACGGAAAGACGCGAGCGGAUGCGCGACGAAAUGCGUCGCAGUGCCCUGGACCGUGCAGUCGCUGAAGACCGCCGUGUGGGUACUUAUUAGAUCAAACAACAUAUUAAUUAAAUUCUCACUGUAAGUUCAGAACUUCCUGAAAAUCAGCCCACAGCCUUCAAUUUUUGCGAUCAAACGCUUAAAUUUCACACCUUCUUAUUUCCCUUUUUUUUUUAAAAACGCCUUGAAGUUAUGGAUGAGUCCAGUUUCAAGACAAAUUUGAGUUCGAAAGUUCGUUCCUUUCUUUGAGAACUUCUCAUUAUAAACUUGAAGAACGUUUCGAAUACAUUUUUCUUCAAACGACCGCCUUUGUCAGUGCAGGAAAACAUAAAACUGUUUUCGAGAUGACACGCAUGGCUGUGAAAACUGAGAGCCAUAUUCUUUUUUGGCUGGCUAGUGAUACUCGUGUAUUCAGAGAGACAUUGCUUCGAAGAUUGCGAGAAAAAACGAGGAAAAAGAUUCGGCGACCUCUGAAACGCACAGUGACAACGCAACGCCUUCUUCUUCUUCAUCAUCCUCCGCCUCCUCUUCUUCUUCUUCUUCUUCUACGGUGUUUUCAGACGAAGACGAAGAAACGAGCAAAGGGUGAGUCACAAUAAAAAAUCGAAUGGUGAUCCCACUAUAGAAGUCCAAAAGAAAACCCAAAAAGCGAGCUGCAAACUACGUCUUCGACGCUUUACAAGGACUACAUAAUUUCCAGAAAAGCAGAUCCGCCGCAGUGAGUUUUUUCUUUGCUCUUGUAUUACUCAGUCAACUUAUCGGAUGUGACUGAGAUCUAAAUUUUAUAUACUAUCAAUUUUUGAGGGUGAAACCGACUGGCAGCAGCCUACCGUCUAUCUUCAAGUCUGCGAAAGUGGAACAGAAGCCGGAAAUGUCUUCGAUUCUAGAAGAUCUGAUUCAGGAUCCGGCUUCAGCUCCAAAACAUGAAAAUACAGAUUCGGAUGAAGAAAAUAACUUGAAAAAUAGAGAGAAACAGAAGGAACAAGAGCUCGACAAUGAACUCAAUGAAGGUCAGCCUGCAUUUGAGCUUUUCUAACUCAUGUCAGUUAUUGGCUUAUCUCGUUCUCAAAAUACAGUCCGAAUCUAUUAUUUGUAGUCACAAAUUAUGAAUUCGUUUUGCAUCAAAAUCAAAAGACAAUUGUUUAAAAUUUUGAAACUUCUUAUUAUUAUUUUUUAUAAAUUCUUUAUAGAAAGAUAAAUAAUAAUGAUAAUUUAUAACAAUGCUCACCUCGAAAAAGUACUCUGAACAAGAGGUUUUUUUACAGUGAGUUCGGUCGACGAGCUGGAAGAAAUGGAUCCCGCAGAUUUGCUCAGUUCUGGUGCCUCCAGCCUCUCCUUCUGA